AUGAAAGUGAUCUUCCGCAAAAAGUAUUGCUUUCUAAUGAUUUUGCUGUUCGGACUGUGGUUCAUCUUCUGAGACAACGUGUUCUUGUUCCACGAGCCGAAAAUAAAACGCAGCCAGGCGGAAGAUUUUAAUCUGACCACCAGUUUGGCGCUAAUUUACAGCCACUGGAACGUGCUGGUGAAUCAGCAAUCAUCAUAUCAUCGUUCUAAUCAUGCGCUGAACGACACCUUCGGCAGCAGCAACAGUUCGAGCUCUUACCAAAAAAAUUACUUUAACGUGGAGCUGAGCGAUCAAAUCGGGGUCAAUCGAACUGUUCCGGAUACGCGGCAUGCCAACUGCAAAACUCGCGAAUACAUGGUUCCAUCCGGCCAUACGACAUCUGUGAUAAUCACCUUCCAUAAUGAGGCAACCUCGACACUGCUAAGAACCGUUGCAAGUAUUCUGGCCCGUACCCCGGCCGAAUUACUAGAGGAAAUUAUCGUCAUAGACGACUGUAGCACCUCCCUGGAGCACCAGCUAGAUUUCCUUGCAAACAUUCCCCUGAUCCGGUACCAUCGGAACUACGUUCGCGAAGGUUUAAUACGUUCCAGGAACAUCGGUGUAGCGUACGCUCGUGGUGAGUACAUCCUGUUCCUGGACAGCCACUGUGAGGUGAACAAAGGCUGGCUGGAACCGCUUCUAGAUCGACUGGUACAGGAUCCGAGCGUUGUGAUCAGUCCAGUGAUCGAUAUCAUCGAUGCGGAUACUUUUGAGUAUCGAGCGAACUCGGCCCGUUUGCGAGGAGGGUUCGAUUGGAGUUUGCGCUUUCAGUGGCUUCCCAUCGGAGAGGAAGAGAUUGAACAUCGAGGGUUUGACGACUCGUUACCCUUCCACAGUCCGGCUAUCAGCGGCGGGGUGUUCAUUGUGUCGAAGGCCCUAUUCCAGCAGCUGGGCGGUUUCGAUGGCGGGCUGGAGAUUUGGGGUGGAGAAUCUCUCGAGUUUUCGCUCAAGUCGUGGCUUUGCGGAGCGCAUGUAGAAGUUAGUCCCUGCUCGCGAAUUGGUCACGUCUUCCGGAUGAAGCAUCCAUAUAGCUUCCCAUUGGGGAGUACCUCGACGUAUCUCAGGAACACCAAGCGUAUCGCAUCCGUGUGGUUGGAUGAGUUCGCGAACUUUUUCUACGAGGCCCGGCCAGAGGCACUGUCGUUGGCCGUCGGUUCCCUGCAGGCGUCCAAAGAUCUGAAGCGGCGGCUCAACUGUCGCAAAUUUAGCUGGUAUCUGCAGAAUGUGUUCCACGAUCUGCGGCUUCCAAACGAGAACAGUGCCGCCUUCGGCCACCUGCGCCAUGGUGAGCGUUGCCUCGAUGUUAAGCCACGGUACAAACGGACGCGCAAACGAAGCCGUGCGUUGGAAGCGGAAGCUACCAGAGAGAGUGAUGUGUGGCUCGUUGAGUGUAGUCGCGAUGAUGUGGAUGGUGCCAGCAAAUGGUCAUUAAAUACCAAAACCGGGCAGCUUAGUUCGGAUUCGGGGGCAUGCUUGGGAGUGCUGCAAGAGCUGGUAGUGUUUGAGAAAUGCGAAGAACACCCUGGAGAGGACCAAAAACAGCAACAGUGGCGAAGAGUGGGAGGAACGCUGGUACAUAGUCAUAGUGGAAAAUGUAUAGAAAAUUUGGUUCGAGCUAAUGUGGGUGCUACUAAUUGUCGCACUGGUGCUCCAAGUCAGUUGUGGAGCUUCUCUGUAGAAAUACAGCAUAUGAAAUGA